AAUAUUUAAAAUCUGAUAGAGUUGAUUAAAUAAUGAUUUCAUUUAUCAAACGAUUUCUUAAAAAACUAUUUGAGGCUAAAAGCAUUAAUGACUAUGGCUUGCUGCUAGAUGAACUUAGAAAUUACAUUUAUUAUGAUCUUUUUGAGACGAGAAAAAUAAUUAAAGCAAAAACUCUUGCGAAUUGGUUCAAAGGAACAAUAAUUUUAUAUAUAAUUUUUUUGAUGUACAUCUAUUAGAAUUUCUAAUUAUAAUCAUAUAUUUAUUUGAAUUUGCAUGGCUCAUAUGGAUUGUUAUGGGUGUGUAAGUCGUUUAUUUUCCCUGAUCCUUAAUUUGAAAAGGAAAUGACUUUGUUAUCUGCUAUUGGCGGUGUUGGAAUUUUAAGUCUUUAUUUAAUAAUCCCGCAUCAAAUGAUAUCUCUUAACAUCGAAAAUAAUUACAAUAUCAAUAGAAUUUUACUAUGCAGCUUUUUGUUUAUUUUUGGGGUUACUCUUAUGAUGGUUUCUGAUUGCUAAAAGUUCUAUGAACUAAAAUACAAGCCUAAGGAUACAAAUAAUAAAACCAUAAAAAGUGGAGCUUUUUACUGCUGCAGAAAUCCUAAUUAUUUAGGUGAAAUGCUUUUAUAUCUCUCGUUUGCUAUACUUUCUAAUUCUAACUUGUCAUAUUAUAUCCUAUUCUUUAUUUGGAGUACAGUCUUUCUAGUAAAUAUUUCUUGCAAAGAGUUUUCUUUCAUCAGGAAGCCAGAUUGGAACACAUAUAAGAAACACAGUUGGAUUUUAUUACCUAAAGUAUUUCCUGAUAGUAGUUUAUACUCAUCUAUAUUUUACAUUAUAAUUGGUGGUGUAAUCUACAUAACUAAAGACUUUUUCAAAGCCUAUUGAAAAAUUGCUAUAAAAACCAAAAAUAUAUUUAAAUAUGUUAAAGCUAACUUAAUAUCUAUUUAAAAUUACUUCAAAAAUAUUAAAAAAUAAUAUCAGUUUUCUAUUUUAAAACAAAAAUUUAAAUCUAUUAAACAUUUAAAACUGUUUAUUUUUGUUUAAAGAAACCAAAUAAUUUGUAAUAUUUUUCUAAUUUACCAAGCUUAAUCAAUU